CAAAAUUGUUGUUUGACCUUUCCCAGUUCCGUAGGCGUUGUUCAUACGCUGUGAUAACAGUGUCUACAAUCCAAAGCAAACGGCCCUUUCUCUUCUGAUAGUGUAAGGAAAAAGAGCCACCAAAAAUGACAACAGCCGCGAGACCGACGUUUGAGCCAGCGAGAGGAGGGAGAGGGAAGGGAGAGGGCGAUCUCAGUGCGUUGUCCAAACAGUACUCAAGCCGAGAUCUGCCUGGUCACACUAAGAUCAAGUACAGGCAGCUUACCCAGGAUGCCCCCGAGGAGGUGCGUGCUCGGGACUUCCGCAGGGAGCUGGAGGAGAGGGAACGUGUUGCUGUCCGGGAGAAGACUAGAGAGAGGGGACCAAGAGAACACACCACAUCCUCAUCUUCAUCCUCUAAGAGGCCCAGACUAGAUCAAAUCCCUGCUGCCAACCUGGAUGCAGAUGACCCUCUCACUGACGAUGAGGAGGAGGAUGAUGACUCUGAGGAGGACAGUGAUGACGAUGACACUGCGGCUCUGCUGGCUGAAUUGGAGAAAAUCAAGAAGGAGCGGGCUGAGGAGCAGGAACGCAAGGAGCGGGAGCAGAAAGCAGAGGAGGAGAGGAUCCGCAUGGAGAACAUCCUUAGUGGGAAUCCUCUGCUCAACCUGGCUGGACAGCAGCAGCAGCAGCAGCAGCAACAGAUAGUCCCCACCCCGAGUGCCUUCAGCGUCAAGAGAAGGUGGGACGAUGACGUCGUGUUCAAGAACUGUGCAAAGGGAGUGGAUGAGGCACGCCGGGAGAAACGCUUUGUCAAUGACACACUGCGCUCGGAGUUCCACAAGAAAUUCAUGGAGAAAUAUGUGAAGUAGGACUUGCAGCUCUGCUAUGAAGGUGUUCCAUUUCUCUCUGGUCUGUUCUCAGUUCUAAGAGGACAAGGAGGAUGUGAUAGAGAUUGGUCUGAAAACAUUGAAUGAACCUGAAGAAUGGUAUCAUCUGUUGACAUGGAACACGCACAAAAUCCUCUGUAUAUAAAGUAAUCUAAUGCCUGACCUGAAAACAAAUUUUAACUAGUUUUGUUUCGUGUACAAUCAUUUUCCACCCCUGAAAGGAAUGGUUGCAAAAGUGACAUCAUCAAUGUCAACUUGUUGUUAUUUAACUUUUACCUUUUUUAUGCGCCAAUGUCAAUAAACCAACAAAAAAGAAAACCCUGUGUCUGUGAGAGGGCCUUGAUGCUUUUCUCAGGGAUUUUAGCUUUGUGUCCGGGAGUUAGAAUUCUGCAAUGACUUCCAUUAAAAGCCCGGCAGCAACACUUUUUUGAAAGUGACUUUCAAAUUGAAAGUCGUGAAACAUAAUAAGGAUUGAUGUCAGCCUAAUUGAGGUGUAGAUUACAACACAUUCCAGUGUUUGAACUUGUAACAGACUGCGUGGGAUUGUGCAUCCAAUGUCAAUGUCCACGAUGGGUAUAAUGGGAGCCACUUGCUGAUUUCACAGCUCCAACACAGUUACACCCCCAACAUCGCCUAAAUAAUAAACAAUGGAACUGCCAUGCAGUUGUCAGUUAUCACCGGUUAAGGAGGAUCUGAUUGAAUCAAGCCCACGCCUGUGAGCCCAGAAUCUGGACUCUGGGGUGGCCGUAACAUAAUAAAUGUAAAUCUGUCUCCAUACAUUUAGUAUAUGUUACAUUUUGUAUGUAUUAAUUAACUACAUUUCUUAAGUGGUCCGUGAUCAGAUUUGAACACGCAACCUUUGCUAGACGUUUGUUUUUUCUACGCCCCCACCCUGACCAACCUCCUCCUUUAGUUUUUGCCGCAAGUAACCUGUCUUAUGUAACUAUGUAACCAAAUGUUGUUUUUUAAAAAUCUCUGUGCCCUUGAGCAAGGCACUUAACCCUAAUUGCUCUGCAUAACUAAAAUGUAACGUGACAUACUAAUUUGAGUGUCCCGGAUUUAUAUUUGCUAUGUUACGUCUAGUCUGAGACCAGGCUGAUAUUGUGCACCACACAGUUCAACAUUGCAGAGAAACAUGAAAAGAUUCAUAGAGAACUGUUGUCUGCUAUGAUGAGCUAAGCUGUUCCCACUGAAUAAUGGUCUUUUUAGAGCAAAGGUAUGGUUUCUCGCAUGUGAAUUUAAGCUUGCCAGAAAUUAUUUUGUCUCAUGGUGAAAACGGAAAACCUCUGUAUAUUUGUGUGUAUAUAUAUACUGAGCAAAAAUAUAAACGCAACAUGUAAAGUG